CUCCCCAGGCGCAGAUGGUUCCUUCCAGCUGGACUGAAGCGAUGCUGAUGAUGUCAGAGCGCGGAGUGAGGCUGAGCUCCGCGCGAGCUGAGAUGAUGGCGAGCGCGCUCACAGCAUUCCAGUCUCUAUAAUACAAAGCGUUCAACAGCGCAUCAUCAUAACGAUGGACGGCAAUGUCUUCCCCGACCAAGAACAGCUGCUGGUAUUCCUGAAAAAGCUCAAAGAAGUGUUCGACGUGUGCGACGAGGACGCAGACGGAUAUAUUCGGGUUGAGCACUUCGUGGACCUCGGUCUACAGUUCGGCCAAGGAGAUGAAGUAAAGAAGUUUGCCAAGUAUCUGGAUCCCAAUGCUCAUGGCAGAAUUAACUUCAAAGAUUUCUGUCAUGGAGUGUUUGCAAUCAAAGGCUGUGAGGAGAUUCUGAAAACUGCACUUGGGACACCCAACAUUGGAGCACAGCCAUACCAGACGGACAAUGGCUACUACUAUCAGCACGGGGAGGGGAGUCUGGGACCCCCGAUCAUUGUGUGCACGCGGCCGUACCCAGAGUGCCAGCUGUAUUCGGAUGAGGAAGGAAUGGGUGGACGGGAUGCGCAGGAGUCAGACAUGGACAGUGCUGCUGACAGCGGAGCAGGAUCUGAAUCUUCUGAAGGAGGACGUCAUGAGGAUAAAGAGGAAGGACUGGGUGGACUCUAUCUACAUGGAAACAACUGUGGUCAGAUGGUCUCGUCAGCAGCGGCCUCAGUAAUCUCAGUGGAGGAGCAGUUUGAGGACUAUGGAGAGGGAGAGGAUGUGGACUUCACUCCCAGCAGCCCCAUCCCUGAUGAUGACACACGUACUAAUGGUUUCUCUGACCUGGGCUCCUCUCUGCCCUCCAGUGCUGGUCAGACCCCUCAGAAGAUCAGACACCUGUACAACAGUGAGCUUCUGGAUGUUUACUGCUCUCAGUGCUGCAAGAAAGUCAACCUGCUCAAUGACCUAGAGGCCAGACUCAAAAACCUCAAAGCUAACAGCCCAAACAGGAAAAUUUCCAGUACAGCAUUUGGUCGUCAGCUCUUCCACCACAGUAACUUCAGCAGCAGUCAGGGCAGCACAGAGGAUCUCUUCAGAGACAGCAUCGACUCCUGUGAUAUUGACAUCACUGAAAAGGUGAGUUAUUUGGAAAAGAAGAUCACAGAGCUUGAGAACGACAGCCUGGCUAAUGGAGAUCUGAAAUCCAAACUUAAACAGGAAAACACACAACUAGUUCACAGGGUACAUGAGCUGGAGGAGCAGAUCAAAGAUCAGGAAACUCGUGCAGAGCAAUGUCUAGAGGAGGAGCUGAAGAGACACAGAGAGGCCUACAGUAAGAUGGAGAGAGACAAGAGCACUGAGAUUGAACUGCUUAGUAACAGGGUCCAGCAGCUAGAAGAGGAGAACGCAGAGAUGAAAGUGAACGUGUGCAGACUCAAGUCUCAGACUGAGAAACUAGACCAGGAGAAGCAGCGUAUGACAGAUAAACUGGAAGACACAAGCCUGCGUUUGAAGGAUGAGAUGGAUUUGUACAGGAAAAUGAUGGAUAAGCUUUGGCAGAACAGACACGAGUUUCAGAAGGAGCGAGAGGCCAUGCAAGAGCUGAUUGAAGACCUGCGGCGUGAACUGGAGCACCUGCAACUCUUUAAACUGGAGACUGAGAAGCCCGGCCGUGGCCGUAGUGCUGCAGGACUGUCGGAGUACAAUGCCAAGACUCGAGAGAUUGAACUGGAGCACGAAGUAAAGCGGCUUAAGCAGGAGAACCAUAAACUCAGAGACCAGAACGAUGAUCUCAAUGGACAGAUUCUCAGCCUCAGCCUAUAUGAGGCCAAAAACCUGUUCGCUUGUCACACCAAGGCCCAGUCACUGGCAGCAGAGAUAGACAACGCCUCCAGAGACGAGCUGGUUGAAGCAUUGAAAGAACAAGAGGAGAUCAACUUCCGUUUAAGGCAGUACAUGGACAAGAUCAUCUUGGCUAUCCUCGAUCACAACCCCUCCAUUUUAGAAAUCAAGCAUUAGGCUUCUGAGCUGAGAGCAGAUAGAGGACUCAAACUUGGUAGAGAGCUCCCCCUUCAGGCCGGGGGUUUGAAAUGUAUCCCCUUAAACCAAGUCAUAAUGUAUUUACAGAGCAAAUUGCUGUAAAAAUGAUCGUGUCUCUCAUGUGCCCUGCCUCACGCACACACGGGUUACAGUUUCCAUUUCCAUGCUAUGAGUUUAGGCUGUAGAAAUGACACAGACAAGUGAUGAAACUGGAAUAUAGAGUAGAAGUGUACUUUUCACUCUCAGUUAUAUAUACACACUACCUCUGAGUAUGUACAACUCAGUGUUGUAUUCUACACAUGAACAAAACAAGUAGAAUUAUGAUAAAUAUCACAUGAUCACACCAUAUAGGAGAGCUAUACGUGCACCCUAUGGCAUGUGGGGUUUAUUAUUACUAUUAUUAUUAUUAUUAUUUGAACAUUUUAAUCAGCCCUAUAGACCUUCUCUAUAAAGUACUGUUUGCCUGUAUGAAGUUUUAACAAUCCAGCGCUGAAUCAAUGGACAGAGCAAUAGAAAGACAUGACUGUAUAAUAACUAUAAUCAGCAGAUAAGGGAACUUCCUUUGAAUGUUCUCUGCCAACAUACAUUGUGGUCUGCUGUGAAAAUAAUAAAAUCAUGUCAGCCCAUCCUAGGAUAAAAUACACUACUGUUAAGUGCACAAAUGCUUACAGUUGUCAUACCGAUGGGCUGAAAUAAUCAUACAGCUUGUAACGGGACUGUGCUGACCAUCCUUUGACUGAGGGGUCACAUGUAAUACAGAAGCACAAGCGAACGGUGUGAGUACAAGCGACACAGUUGUACAAUAUAGUAAAUACAUAUAGAAAGAAAAAUAUAUAGAAAAUGUGAAAAAGAAAGGUUUAUUUUUCUUAGAAGUCUGUUUGAAUGAAAUGGUCCAUUGAAGUUUCAAGGAAGAGGUGGAUGUAGUACAUAAUGAGUGAGAAGUAAAUGAUUAUGAUAUAAUAAAAUUUUAUGGUUUUACCAAGAAAACAAAAAAAGCCCCACAAAAUUCUGGCCAUAAUACAGUCUAGUUAAAACAUUAAUAUCAUGGUAAACGCCUAUUAGAACAAUGUAUGGUCUAAAUACAAAAUAUAUGCAAAUUCAAAUAUAUAUAUAUAUACACUACUGUUCAAAAGUUUGGGGUCAGUAACAUUUUUUUAACAAAAUCUAUUAAGCAAGGAUGCAUUAAAUUGAUGAAAAGUGACAGUAAAGACAUAUGUUACAAAAGUUUUCUAUUCCAAAUAAAUGCUGUUCCUUUGAACUUUCUAUUCAUCAGUCUGUUUUCAACAUUGAUAAUAACAAUAAAUGUUUCUUGAGCAUCAAAUCAUCAUAUUAUUAUGAUUUCUGAAGGAUCAUGUGACACUGAAGACUGGAGUAAUGAUGCUGAAAAUUCAGCUUAGAGAACAUUGAAAUAAUAUUUCACAACAUAACUGUUUUUAUUGUAUUUUGGAUCAAAGAAAUGGUGAGCAUAUAACACUCUUCUUUCAAAAACAUUAAAAAAAAAUGUACUGACCCCAUUAUUUUACCUUUUUGUCUUGGUCACAUGAUAUUAAACAUCUUGAUAUUGUACAUGAGUGAAGCUGCACAUUUAAUAAAAGUGCUUGAACUGUACAUCUCAUGAAUGUAUCACCAUGCCACUCACAGUAUUCUGUAUUCCCAUUUUCUGGAUUUAGCUAGUCAAAUACUAUGUGAAUCUCAGUAUUUUAAAGGAGCCAAUACUGCUACAUGCUCGAUUGUCACAAACUAGUUUUGCUUUGUUGCACAAAUUGUACUAAAUCUGUUUCUUUGCAUGGUCUUAAUCUCUUUCUGUUUGUGCCCUUUAUUUGGAAUGUAACGAUUAAUGUUUCGGUUGUUUCAGUAACUAUUAAUCUGAUCAGUUAUAGAGGAGCUUUUAUAUCUUUCUGUUCUACUUGUUCUGUAGCAUUUUUCACUCAUUGUAAAUGUUGUACAGAGACUAGUUAAUAUUUGUAUUGAUGUGCCACUCAUUAACCUUAAUGAAUAAAGGAAAGGCUGUCUUUUAUACAGUUUUAUGAGAAAAUGGCAAGUUAGACGUGUGACCAAGUAAUGUGUAAAUCAUUUGUAACCGUUGCAAUGAAGUGACAUCACACCUUACUCAUCAGCGCUGAUGUCGCAGACAAGACUCGUUCUUCAUUAUCAAUCUAAAGAAAGGAAAUUUGAUUUCGAGCAGUCAGUGAUUGCAAUCUUCUGAAGAAACACCCAUAUAAUGUUUCAUAUCAUCUCUGUUUAACUCUUGAAUGAGCAAACCCUGACCCAUUCCCAGCAGCAGUGUCAUUUUUGCACAUUUUGAAGAGUUGUGCUGUGUCCGUGUCCACUGUUACAGGUUAGACGUAACACAGUUUGACAUUUUUUUUCUGUGGUUCAUGGUUUACACAACCUUUUUGUUGUUUACGCCUUUUUUGUUGUUAUAGAUUAAGAUUGACCUUUCUUUUGUCCAGUGUGUGGGUAUGUAACUAGAUUACUAGUACUCAUUUAUAUUUACACAAGUAGGAAAGGACAAAUGAAACAAGCUUUCAGAAAAUUAAAUAAUAGUUUAAAGGCCUCAAGAGUUAUGACAAAUUUGAAAUGUACAAUAAAUGACUUGUUUUGGCAUGA